CGCUGUCGCGCUUACACAGGUAAGACCUCGUUGCUUUCCGAUAUAUAGCUGAGGAUAUUCUGACUUCAGUUCCUGUGCUUUUUUGCUCUGUGAACGGGAUACAACUCUCGUGCUACGGAACCAUUGGUGUUUGGGAAACGUUCCUCUCUGUCAUAAAGACUGUUCUGAGAACUCCUAUUGAACACUUGAAUUGAGGAAAAGCUGAAAAUGAAGCUGGAAGUAUUCUGCGGGGGACAUUACGACGGGAAACCUCUUGAAAUGUGCAGCGAUGCUGAGGGAAGUGUGCCUUCACCCUUAUCGGGGGAGGAGGAGCUGGGCUCGGAUGGGGACUGUGUGGCUCAUAGUCCGACACCUGUUAUUUCGUGCGCCGAGGGAAAAGGCAAGCCAUACACCCGAAGACCUAAACCUCCAUAUUCUUACAUCGCCCUGAUUGCCAUGGCUAUCCGGGAGUCGAGCUCGGGUAGACUGACUUUGGCAGAGAUUAAUGACUACCUCAUGAAAAAGUUCCCGUUUUUUAGGGGUAGCUACACCGGUUGGAGGAAUUCGGUUCGUCACAAUCUGUCAUUGAAUGAUUGCUUUUUGAAAGUAUUGCGGGACCCCUCGAGACCAUGGGGCAAGGACAAUUACUGGAUGUUGAACCCGCACAGCGAGUACACCUUUGCCGAUGGAGUGUUUCGACGCAGGAGAAAGCGCAUUAACAAAAAGACUGGUAAGGAGGAGGAGGGUCUGAAUCAAAGUGUCGGUGAGACACUAAAUCCAACCAUUCCAACAACCAGCCCAAACACAAAGUUCUCCAGUUCCUUUGCCAUAGACAGUAUCCUCAGUAAACCUUUCAGGAGAGAGGAACGUUGCCCGCAGGAAACGGAUGAGCAGUCAGUUGCUGCUGGGAUGAAAUGGUCUGGACGAGUUCACAUGAUGCCUUACGUCAUGAGGAGUCCACCUGUUGCGCUACCCCAUGCCCCGUCUUUCUUGAUCGACUCCAGUGCCGCGCAGGUGCUGCGGGCGUACAGCGGAGUAUAUGACAACAUUGGUGUAAGCGCGCACCAUCAUAAAGACAUAUCCUCUUCUCUCCACUUGACUACAGAGUACUUGCCAAUUUCCCAGACAACCCGCCUUGUCCAUGUGCCAGUAACGGCGAAGGCGGACAUUUAUCACCCUUUCAAAAUUGACUACUUGCUGUCCUAACGCAAGAUAUGAACUUUGAGAGCACUGUCAAUGCACUAAACGUAAAUGUGUACAUGAGAAAUAGUCUACAUUUCAUUAUUUUUUCUAAUUUAACAGCAGUUUUGGGGAAUAAUACCGGUAUUCUAUCAUAUGAAAUGGACUAUAGCCUAGGCUACAACACACAUUGAAUAGUCAUAUGUCAUAUUAUGAUAGUUUAACUAUUGUUCACGUCCGAAGAAUCUAAUGUUUACAUACAGUAUGUUGGUUUGCCAAAUUGUCACGUACGCUACUGUAUAUUUUUGUUAUAGUUUAUUCUGACGUGUCUGAGCGAACCACAGGUCAAAUUGCAUCAUCCCCAGCUCUCCGUAUCAUUUGUAAAUGUCCCUGUUCAUAAUCAUCCACACACGUCAGCUGAUCCAUGUUAGGCACAAGUUAACCGUUGAUAAUAGAUGUCUUGGUGGUAACGGUUUAUAGGCCUAUGUUGAAAAAACGGAAUCAACUGAUUUCACAUGUGGUCAUAUUCAGUCCUGUAAACUGGAAAAAAAAAUAAUAUUGUGUACAGAACUAUAAAUGCAUUUUAUAUUACAUUGAAACAUGCAUUUAAAACGACAAAUGCCUUUUUAUCAUUAUUAAAACUGAA